AUGCCAACAAAGAACCGUAAAGCAAUCUAUGAAUAUCUGUUCAAAGAGGGCGUCUGUGUCGCGAAAAAGGAUUUCAAUCUGAAAACGCAUCCCGACAUACCAAAUGUCACCAAUUUGGAAGUGAUCAAAGCUUGCAAGAGCCUUGCUUCACGUGAAUACGUCAAAGAGCAGUUUGCAUGGCGCCACCAUUACUGGUAUUUAACGAAUGAAGGAAUUGAUUAUUUGCGCGAAUAUCUUCAUUUGCCCACAGAAAUUGUCCCGGCAACAAUAAAGAGUAAGCCGCGGGAGCAGAGGCCUGGAUAUGGCGUGGAUCGCAUGACUCGAGGACCGAAGGUAGAAAGCGACCGAGACGCGUACCGAGCUACAGAUAAGAUAACAGAAGCAGGCCCAGGCGCUGCACCAAUAUCGGGCUACCGCGGAGGCUAUGGACGAGGAUCAAGACCUCUUUAG